AUGGCGCUGGCUAACACCGUCUACAAUCUGCUCUUCAGGAGGACGUCAACUUUCGCUAUAACCAUCAUGGUUGGAGCGGUCUUCUUUGAAAGAAUAUUUGACCAAGGCGGCAACGCGAUUUUUGAGGAAAUGAACCGCGGGAAACUAUGGAAACAUAUCCAACACAAGUACGAGGAAAAGGAAGAAGAAUAAGACACCGCGGGGUUACCUAAGGACAAAGUGCAACUGUUGUCACACUUCCAUCACCCAUUCUUCCUGGACUCCACACCUGAAACAGACAUCACUCAACAUGGACAAUGUGCUCAAAGGUCAUGCCCAGGCUGGCAGCGGCUACCAGAGGACCUGUGGGAGCUGAUGAACUGUCCACACCACCGUGAAGAUGGAGCACUGGUUCCUGGCACCUCGUCCUACCCUUCCUGUUAUUGUUUGUAAAGCCUUCGUUCUCCUCACAGAUUGUAAAUGGUUAAAUUAAACAUGUUAAUGUCGUACACAUCUUUCAACGUUUUCAUUUAUCAAAUUAAUUCCACUGUGAAUUAAUAUAUUAACUUUUAUUGACUUCACUCAAAAGUGUGACAACAGCUUCAUAUACAAAUUAAAUGAGCAUUUAUUACUUGUAAA